GUGUAUAGUUACCUAAGCAUCACUUUCGCAAGUCUUGAUAACUUAACGAUCCGAUUUCUACGCUCAGUUCUUAGGUACCUACCUAUAUUUCCCAUCUCGCCAAACGUAAACGCCUUAUCUCAAUUGCCAUUUUAAAUCAUGUUGAUGUCCGCCCUAAAAGACAGAAAUACGAACUUCUAGUUAAAUGAACUAAUAGGAAUAGUAACGAAUCGCAAUCAAAUUACCCUAUGAAGCUAUCAUGCGGGUCUAUGAACUAGGUAGGUAGGUAGGUAGGUAAUCGGCUAUCCUGCGGCUUCGGCCCCUCGCGCCUGUAUAGAAAUGCUUAUCGUCUAGUCGGACCACUCCUUCGGCUGCCCCGCAGAGGUAUCGUGGAAGAGCUCGGUAUUGUAUACCUAAGGUUAGGAGUAACUAAAUACUAUACACACCAUCUAUCUACCUUGAACAUACCGUAUCGGGUGGUAGGCUUUUAAGUGAUGCAGUCCCAAAAGAUAACCCUGCCGGUGGCCAACCCCUGCGUGUCAUUCUGGCAGCAGACUACACGUUCGUUCCCCUACUUACAUGUCAAUCAGAACGAACCAGUUCCGGAAGGGUCCAAGUACGCCAUCAUCGGCUCGGGCAUCUCCGGUGCUCUGACUGCCUAUGAGUUAAUUCAGGGGGGCGUGCCGGCAGGGGAUAUAGUCAUUUUCGAGGCGAGAGAAGCCGCCAGCGGAGCGAGUUCGAGGAAUGCAGGACAUGUGCGUCCAGAUGCCUUCCGCGGAUUCCAAGUCUACAAGCAAGUGCACGGCCAAGACCAAGCGCUCAAGAUAAUCGCCAACGAGAAGCUCGUCUUCCACCGGAUCAAGGACUUCGUGGAGAAACACGGGGUCCAGUGUGACUUCAACCCGACGACGACGUUUGACGUGUGCAUGACGCGGGAGUUUGCCGAUUUCAACGCCCGCAGUUUGAGGGAGUAUCAAGAAGCCGGAGGCGACGUCUCCCAUAUCAAGUUCUACGAAGGGGAGGAAGCACGGAAAGCGACCCGCGUGCAGAAAGCAUUUGCUGCUUACGAGUGGCCGGCCGGCUCGAGCCAUCCGGCGAAGUUGGCCCAGUGGCUUCUUACGCAGUCGAUAGACAAGGGUGUCCGGUUGUUUACUCAUUGCCCGGUUACUUCGGUAACCAAGUCGGCCUCUUCGACGGCUGACCAGGUCUCUUGGGACAUGCAGACACCUCGGGGCACAGCGAAAGCCUCGACGGUAGUCCACUGCACGAAUGCCUUCGCGCCUCACCUCCUCCCCCAGCUCUCGACGUUCAUCACCCCCAACCGCGCCCAAGCACACGCCUUCGUGCCGCCACCUUCGCUUAGCUCGUCCCGCAUCCUACCAAGCACCAUGUCCCUGCGCCAUUCGCUAAAGCACUUCUACUCGGUAGCCCAGCGGCGCCCGGACGGGAUCAUCAUCCUCGGCGCCCCGAUCGCGAACCCGAAUGUCAGCCCCGCGGCCGCGGCCAGCCGUCUGGUCCCCGACGAUAGCGUCUUCAACGAGGAGGUGCGAGACGACGCGGUCGACAAUUUCGAGACUUGUUUCCCGGAGUGCGAGAAGGCGAAGCUGGGCCAUGGGGAGGGCCUGCAGCAUACCUGGACCGGCAUAAUCGGGAUGACGACGGACUCGGUCCCAUUCGUCGGCAAGAUAGAGAGUCUGCCGGGGCAGUGGGUUUGUGCCGGGUUUAACGGCCACGGUAUGGCGAGGAUAUUCACUUGUGCACCGGGUGUCGCAAAGCUGAUACUCGGAGGCUCAUGGGAUGACACCGGGUUACCCGAGUGCUUCGAAAUAACCGAGGAGCGCCUGGAAAGGCUUCAGAAGGGAGUCUCCGGGUCUGUAUUUUGAGCUAGUGGUAGAACCAUAACACCUUAGAAGUGUAUAUUUGAACUAUAGACUAUUAAUUAUCUAUGGUGUUAUUUAUAAAAUUUUCAUUUUGCUAUUAGGCAUUUACAAGGCAAUAGGGGGUGAGGAACGUAGAGUGUCACAGGAAUAUAUCUACACGAUAAGUGUGGGUGCCCUUUUUUUGUCACAUGGUUAAAUGGUU